UGAUCCCUUCAAUGCCAAUGUAUUGUGGGCUGAAUGGAAUCAAAAGAUUAAGGAGAGAAAUGCUUCUUGUUAUACAAAUUGCAAAAAUCCCAGCUAUUUGCUUUGAAUUGUGGUAUCUGCAACAUCAAUUUAAUCAACUUUUGGACUUGGAUGCACAGUUGAGAUUGGCCAGUCACUAACAUUUCAACUGUUACUCGCUUCUUCUGUCGUUAGGGUGAUUAACAGAGAGAUAUUAUCCUCGACUGGUUUCACCUCAAUGCUUAUCAUACUCAUCGCCUGAAGACCUUGCUUUUUAUGUCUCCGAUCAUGCAUCUAAUAAACUACAGCCCAAACGCUGCCAAGCCCCGCUCAGCCCAGCCCCGUUCUGACAACUACUUACAAGUGCUUAUUAUCACGUCUCCGAAAACGAGUUUGCUAUCCGUGCCAAAAAGCAGUUCAAACCGACAAGAUCUACUUUGCAAGACUUAACAUAUGUUCGAUCAAGAGACAAAUCUUUAAGACAUUACCAGAGCAUUUGAUUCCCUCGGGCUGCUGCUUUUGCUUUUUUUACUUUCCUUUCUUGAACAGAACUCUUGCUGUUCUCUCUCCCUCUCUCGCGAAGACAGCAUUAAAAAAGGGCUUUCACUACAUCUGUGGGGUCUCUUCUGAGUAUAUAAACUUGCAAGGCUUAAAUUCUUUUCAUUUUCGCAUUUCUCAUUCUUGUUUGAGUUCAAAGGAGAAAAACCAAAGAAAUCAAUGAUGUGUAGAAACUGGUUUGCUCUUGCUCUAGUUUGUUUUGUUCUCCUCAGUGGGUUCUCUUCAGUCUCGGCCACACCUCCUGCAAAAAUUUUAAGUGCCGCUGUGUCCAAUGUGGUAUCUGCCCUUGUGAAAUGGCUCUGGUCACUUAAAUCCAACACUAAAAUGGCUGUUUCUAGCCCUUCGAUGAUGAAAUUUGAGGGUGGAUAUACAGUGGAGACAGUGUUUGAUGGAAGCAAGUUAGGAAUUGAACCAUACUCCGUUGAGGUGUCUCCAAGUGGGGAACUCUUGCUUUUGGAUUCAGAGAAUAGUAACAUUUACAAGAUCUCAACACAAUUCUCUAAAUAUGGCAGACCCAAGCUUAUCACCGGAUCAUUUGAAGGGUACCCUGGACAUGUAGAUGGGAAAUUAAGAGAUGCGAGAAUGAAUCACCCGAAAGGUCUAACCGUGGAUGAAGGAGGAAACAUUUACGUUGCGGAUACAAUGAACAUGGCUAUCAGGAAAAUCAGUACUGAUGGAGGGGUUACAACCAUUGCUGGAGGCAAGUGGGCUCGUGGAGGUGGUCAUGUUGAUGGUCCGAGUGAGGAUGCUAAGUUCUCAAAUGACUUUGAUGUGGUCUACAGUGCAAGUAGUUGCUCUCUCUUGAUUAUAGAUAGAGGGAGCCAGGCAAUUCGAGAGAUCCAACUCCAUGAUGAUGAUUGUAACUAUCCACAUGAUGAUUGUUUUCAUUUAGGAUUAGCAGUGCUUGUUGCUGCUGGAUUCUUUGGCUACAUGCUGGCGUUGUUGCAGCGUCGGGUGCAAAUAUUGUUUUCUUCCACACGCGGUGUACCCCAGGACUCAAGAACUCAAACAAAGAAAGGCCCGCCAAAGGCCCCAUAUCAAAGUCCUCCUAUGUCAGUCAGGCCUCCCUUUAUUCCAGAUGAAGAUGAACCUGUGAAAUCAGACGAGGGGCUUUUUGGUUCACUUGGGAGGCUUAUCCUCAACACUAGCUCGACAGUAGGUGAAAUAUUUGGGGGAAUAUUUUCUGGAUUUAGAAGGAAACCAAUACAUUAUCAGUUCCAGCAGCACUACCAGCAACCACUCAAGCACUCAAACACGUGGCCCGUUCAAGAUAGCUUUGUGAUUCCUGAUGAAGAUGAGCCACCAUCAAUCGAAACCAGAAGUCCUACAUCCCAGAAAACCUACCCAUUUAUGACCAAAGACGUGGAGCAAAACCACCAUUUGGAGCAAAACCAGGGUUACUAUAGCAACUGGGGAGGUGGUUAUCACCAACAGCAACAGCAACAGAUGCAUCUGCAGCGUUAUAAGCAGCAGCAGCAGCAGCAUCAUAGGCAUUAUAUGCCCAACCCAAAGACAUACUAUGAGAAGAGCUGCGAGACGAACGAGAUUGUGUUUGGAGCUGUUCAAGAACAGAAUGGUCGACGUGAAGCUGUGGUGAUAAAGGCUGUUGACUAUGGUGAUCCUAGGUAUAAUCACCAUAACAUUCGACCUCGAUUCAACUAUGUUGGUUACUCUGAUAGCUAUUAAUCCAUCAUGUCACCGGAGAGCCAGCAAAAAUUAUUUUAAACUUAACAUGUAAGAUUUGAAGUUGAGAUAGGAAUAGUUGAUAUAGAAAUUAAGAAUCCUUUACUGUUUUUCUUUUAUGCUUUUUCUUUCGUUAUUGAUCUCUCUAAGGGAAAUAACGAUUUUCCAAUGUCACUUGUCAAGAGAUAUAUAAACAGAAUAACAUCUUCUAAUA